UUUGAUGAAAAAAUCUCCCAUUAUCUAUUUAAAAGGUCAAAAAUAGGCCGUGUUAAAGCAAAGCAACACUGUAGAAAGUGACAACAUGGCGUCCUUGAACCACGUGACUACGAUUUAACCAACGGGGAGUAAUGUGCGCUGAGUUCAAGGAGUUUCCAGACUUGGUUUUCGACGGCUUCGGUAGCUUUGAGCUGCCUGCUCGCUCGGUUGCGUGGACUUGACACGCUCACUCGUGAAUGCGUCGUAUUUUUAGUGUCGGAAAAGUUACGACAAAAGUCGGAAGUGGCUCAGCGGCCAAAGCGUCGCUGCUCAACUCGGAGGUAAACGCCCCGUCGAUAUGAAAGUUUGCACCCGGCGGGCCCAAACGUCACUUUUCGGGGCUCGCGAACGUGUGCGCGCUGAGGCUAGCUCGCUAGCCUGCUAGCUGGCUCGCAGUCAGGGAGAGUCUCUGGCUAGGUGGCUAACGCUUAGCCGCCUGCAGGACUUCGGCCGCAGCUGGCUCGCCAGGUCCAUCCUAAAAAAGAAAAGACAAAAAAAGUGGUCAACUCGACUCGUGGAUGUGGUCGCCCCGCGAGCUUUUGUCCACUUUUCCCUGGGACAGGAACGCAAGGACCAAAAGUUCACCCUGGAUCCGAGCGCGGCGGUUUUAGGGAAGCGAGCAGGAUGGCAAGCGAGCUUGAAAGCGAUCACUUGGACUCCACUUUGACAGCGGAACCAGCAGCGAGCUCGGGCGACAACCACGAGCACCAAAACAAUCCCAAGGAGACCCAGCGGGCCACCGAGGAAGGCGAGCCGAGCAUCGACGACGAUGCCAAGAAAGUCGUCGAGGCUCCGCCACCCAAAGUCAACGCGUGGACCCGGAGGACGACGGGCAGGGUGCCGCUGCACAACGUCCACCCGUCGGCCUCGCAGGACCGAGAUCAGCAAAACGCUCUGAAGGUCGUCCGUGCCAGUAAACCCAGGACCAGAAAAUCCAGCAAGUCCGGAGACUUUGGGGACAUCACCAACUGGCCAACUCCCGGUGAACUAGCCAAGGAGCAGCAACAGAAUGUGGUGAACAACAACGGCAACAACAACAACAUCGGCGGUGGCAACAACGCUGGCAAGAAGCUGACGUCUUCCCGCCGGGAGAAGGAAAAGAAGCGGGAGCGACCUGACAGGAAGUCUGAAAGCAGCCACGACGAUGGUGGCGGCGCAGGCGAGAGCAAAGAGAACCGCCAGACACCCGCCCGGCUGCCUGAUGGCGACGAUACUGCGUUGGGACGGGAUGCCAAGGGCGGCAGCCCCAAGAAAAGAGGAGGUAACAAACGUAAGUGGGUGUCCUUGCCGCUGGAAGACGCCGCCCGGGAUGACGGCGAUGCCGGCGUGACGCCCGGUGGGGCCCCUGCGCCCUCCCGCGCCGAGCCAGGCGGUGACUCGCCCGAUCGGACAUCGACCCCUAACGCGCUGCAUGGCAACAACACCGCCAGGAGUUGGCGGAGGGACUUUGGAGAUGACGCAGCCGGCUCGAGGAUCGACGCCGCUGGCCGUGGGGGCCUUCGUGGUCGGGGCAAAGGUCGCGGACGUGGGAGAGGGCGUGGCAGAGGCCGCUUUGAGUACUCACAGGGUUACCGCGACGGUACGGAUGGUGGCGGCAUGGAGUUCGGAAGCGGAAUGGUUUACUACUACGAUGACGGAAACGAAGUGCAGAUGUACCCUGUGAACGAGAAGCUUCUUAAAGAGUACAUCAAACGACAAAUCGAGUACUACUUCAGUUUGCACAACCUGGAGCGAGACUUUUUCUUAAGGAGAAAGAUGGACGCUCAGGGCUUCCUGCCCAUCUCGCUGAUUGCCAGCUUCCACCGCGUGCAGGCGCUCACCACCGACGUGGGUCUCAUUGUGGAGGCCCUGAAGAACAGCAAAGAGGUGGAGUUGCUGGACAACGACAAGGUGCGCUGCAAAGUGGAGCCCGAGCGCUGGCCCAUCCCGGCGCCGCCCCCUGCCCCGACGCCACCCACGAUUGGCUCGCCAAGAACAGACUUCUCGCAGCUGGUCCACUGUCCUGAAUUCGUCCCCCGACAGAGCAUCACCCUCGUUCAUGCUGCUUCAUCGCCAGUGAAGGAGACCCAGACUAAACCUGGGGAGAUUAAAGAUCCUGCAGAGGGGUCCCAAGUUAGCAGCCAAGCGCCAGUCCCUCCUCUGGAUGCUCCCAAAGAUUCCCCCGACGCCUGGAUCCAGGUGGAGAAACGUCACCGACACACGUCCGGUAAAACAAAGGACCGUGGCCAAGCACCGCCCUCCCAGCAACAGGAGCGCAGCGUUGCUGAGCCCGACCAGGAGGAGCUGGACUUCAUGUUUGACGAGGAGAUGGAGCAGAUGGCACCGCGCAAGAAUCGCUUCACUGACUGGUCGGACGAGGACGACUCUGAUUACGAGCUGGACGACCGAGACGUAGACAAGAUCCUAAUUGUCACGCAGACGCCGCCGUACCUUCGCAAGCACCCGGGUGGCGACCGCACUGGCCACCGCGAAUCGCGCGCUAAGCUGACCGCUGACCUGGUCAAGGCCAUCAACGACGGCCUAUACUACUAUGAGCAGGACCUGUGGAAGGAUCAGGAGCAAACCGACUGCACCAAGCAGGAAGUGGAGAACUUCAAGAAGCUCAGCGUCAUCAGCCAGGAUGAGUUUGACACGCUCACGCCAAAAGCGCCUGUGGACCCCAACCAGGAAGCACCGUCCCCACCACCCACUGAGCCAGGCGAGAUGGAAAUGGCCCGCUCGCUGCCUAAAACGGUGCCGGAGUCGCCCAGUGUCCACCCUCCCAGGACCCCCAGGACACCACGUACCCCUGGGCGCCAGGACCCCAACAAGGCACCGCGAUUUUACCCAGUGAUGAAGGAGAGCGGUGCCGUUGACGGACAGAUGCCCAGGAAGAAGAAGACUCGGCACAGUUCCAACCCACCACAGGAGGCGCACAUAGGCUGGGUGAUGGACUCGCGCGAACAUCGACCGCGCUCUGCCUCCAUUAGCUCCAACGCCUCGCCCUCGGAAGGUGCCCCACUGACUGCAAGCUAUGGCUGCACGCCGCAGUCACUGCCCAAGUUCUGGCAUCCCUCGCACGAGCUGCUUCGGGACAACGGCUUCACGCAGCAGGGUUACCACAAAUACAGACGACGCUGCCUUAACGAGCGUAAACGACUGGGGGUGGGCCAGUCGCAGGAGAUGAACACUCUGUUCCGGUUCUGGUCCUUCUUCCUGAGGGACAACUUCAACAGGAAGAUGUACGAGGAGUUCAAACAGUACGCGUUGGAGGACGCCAAAGACAACUAUAGGUACGGGCUGGAGUGUCUGUUUCGGUACUACAGCUAUGGCCUGGAGAAGCGGUUUCGAUCAGACCUGUUCAAGGACUUCCAGGAGGAAACCCUGAGGGACUUUGAGAAAGGUCAGCUGUAUGGGCUGGAGAAGUUCUGGGCCUUCCUCAAGUACUCAAAGAUGAAGAAUCAGACCAUAGACCCUAAACUGCAAGAACACCUCUCCCAGUUUAAGAACCUGGAAGAUUUCAGGGUGGUGCCCCCAAUGGGAGAGGAAGGAGGCAGGAGGAGACUGCACUCAUCGUCUGCGGGGGACGAUGCCAGACGUCGACGUCACCCCUCCAACUCUACCUCAAAAGCGGCGGCGUCCAAAGCGCAGCACAAAGACGGAGGAGGCCAGAAGAAGGCUACCGAGGAGCCCCGAGCCGGGAAGGACGCCCAAUGAAAACAUUUCUAUCAGAUGCAUUCCCCGCAUUUCGAUCCUCAGUUUUGCCAAAAUAUCUGCCGAGACGGACGCCCUCCCGUGCCUUAGUCUGCUCCAACCCGUCUUAAAUGUCUGUCUUAAAAAAUAAUAAUAAUAAAAAAUAAAAGACGCGUUUUAAUUGUGACAAUCAAGUCCACACGUUUAAUUAAAAACCCAUUUUAUGCCAUCAGCGAGCUUUAAAAAGUCCCUCUCGACAUAAUUUAUUCUUUUCAUCGGCUUGAUUGUGAUGCUGUUGUCUUGGCUUUUGGCUUUGAUUAAUUUCUGCUGGAAAGAUGGGUUUGAGUUAGCCGCAUAAAUGAAACCGAAAGUGUUUUUAACCUUUUACUGCGCUCAAAGUUUACUUUGUAUGCUUUUUGGUGCUUUUAGUGCACUUGAAUUGCUUUUUAUUUUCCUUAUUGCUUCAAUUGACUUCAAAUGGAUGUUUAGGAGCUGAAUGAGAAGAAAAAAAUGUAAAUACUAUAAAAAUAUUUCGCUGUUAUUUUAUGAUUUUAGGAAGUGAUUGGUAGUGAGGGGGGAAUGAGGGUGUGUGUGUGAGUGGUUUUAGGGGGAAGGGGUUAAAGUAAUG